UCUACCUUUCUCUACAAACGGUCCUUUAAAAGCCGGUAACUAACCGUCAAAAUAUUGUUUAUAUAUAAAAAUUAAAAAAAAAAUUAAAAAAUUAAACUAUAGUUUUUUGUGACAGUGUCAGUGAAAAGUUUUUAAAUGUACAUCAUAAAAAUUGCAAAUGGCUACAAAAACGAAUUUUUACACAAAUCCAGCUUUUUGCCAGCAAAGUGAAUACCCCAAUAACUAUCCUCCACGGGUUUUGAGUCCAAAAAAUGUCAGGCAAUCGCCCGUUGGAGCGCAGUGUGUCCCCCAACAUGUGGAUCAGUUGGGGGGACCUAGUGAUAUGCAAGGAAAAGUGAUUGAAGAACAUUUGGAGGAACAGGAGUUUUACGAAGAGGUUUUAGUGGAUGAUAAAGGAUUCAUCACUGACAAGAAAUUCGUUGUUGUUGCGCAAAAUAACGAAGGAAAAAAAUAUAUUCAGAUUCCCCAAAAUGAUGUCCGGCAAGGCAGCAGAUACGGGCUACCUCAAAUUGACGAUAGGAAAGGAGCACGUUAUGAAGUACCUACUCCUACAAAACCAAAAUUAUCUAGAUCUCAAAGUCAACGAUACGAAUAUAUUCAAAUGAAAGAAAAAAAUGUUUCUCCACCUAAAGGAGCUCAAUAUCUUGAAGACGUGGAAGUUGCUCCUGGAAGAUUUCACAGAUACGCCGUGAUCGAAGCUGAAGAAGAAACUGAACUAUCCUACCAAAACAAUCGAUAUGCUCUGGUACCAGUAGAUCACCUUAAUACUUUAACAGCCACUACUAAACAACAGAUGGUGACACAAAACCAAAAUAGAUACGAGUACAUUCCAUUUCAACCUAUGAAUGGGCCAUCCCUCACACAAAGUCCAAAUAGAUACGAGUCAAAACAGCAGAACCUAAAUAGAUAUGAAUAUAUUCAAACAACCCCUCAAAAACCUCAACCUAGUUGGAACUACGUUCAUCAGUCACCACGUCCAGCGAAUCCUGCAGCAACUCAAAAGCUGCAUGAGAUACUCUCUACCCCAAAGAAAUCACCAAAUCAAGUACUUUCCCCCCAGUCAAUGCGAAAAUUGAUGCCACCUCAUCUUUCUCCAAUUUCUAAAGAAUAUCAACCAAAUGUACGUCAAAAUUUAAAGAAAUAUCCGCCAAAAGCUCAACAAAAACUAAACUAUACUUUGGGAGCUAAGCAAAUUUCACAAGAUAAACGACACAUGGCCAUAGUAGCUCCAAUGUGUUCUAGUCCUGUUCAAAGCGUCUACAGCGAAACUACUUUUUCCAAGUCAGGCUCUUGGUCGAAUUUGAGUAUUAAAAAGCAUCCCAUUCAAGCUACAUUAACAUUUGCUGCAUUUAUGAUGGUCCUUUGUGGGGCUGUAACAUCCAGUUUGUGUUUUUAUAUGAUUUAUUUAAUGGAGAGACAAUAUUAUUUGGAUUUUGGGGUAGUAGCGGGAUUCACUUGUUUAAUAUUGGGAUUGUUGGGCUUCAGGAGCAGACAUGUGUAUUGGUUACCGAAUAGAAAUUAUAUUUCAGGUUACAUCAUACUCAGCGUGUUCAGCCUUUCAACUUGCGUGGCGCUUUUGGUCUUAUUGGUCAAACAUCCCAAAAAAGGCACGCCACUGGCAGACAUGACUUCUGGUGCGGUUUGUGGCUUUUCAGUGCUAUCUUUAUUUUUAGCGACUAUGGGUGUUGUUUCUAGUUAUUGUUGCAAAUAUCCCCCACCCGAUAAUAGAGUACAACAUUGUGCUGAAGGUUUCAGUGUCUGACAAAAAAGAUAAAUAUGUAAAAAUGAAUUUAUUAGUUUAUUAGUAUAUUAUAUAAAAAAAAUAUGGUAGGGAAAACAUUUGUACGUAAUAAAAUUUUUGUCUACCGUGGUUUAUACACUUUUUUCACUACUAGCACUUUAAUUUUUUGAUUAAUCGAUUUACAUUAGUAAAUACAAAUAUGACAAAUUAUUUUUUGUUUUUCAAAAAAUGAAGGUGAUUUGCUGAAAAACAAUUAUUAGUUAAUUUCAAUUAAUAUUUACGAAAAAUAUAUUUGUUUAAUUAUUGAUAGUACCUAUAGUUUGAAAUCAUCGUUUUAAAUGAAUGUUUUAAAAAGUGGUUGUAUUACAAAGGAGAAUUUUACAUUUUAUGCACUGUAGGGACUAAAAUGUCUAUUUCACUACCCAGGGAUUAAAAGUACAAUAUACUUCAUAGCACUCCCUACAAUAAACUUAUACCAUAUAACCUAAAAUAUAGUACAACGUACAAUAAACGUCAAUACUAUAACAAUCUUGCACUGACAUCGUCAUUGCUUUGUAACUAGAGUAACGUUAAGUGGUAUUUCACAAUUUUCAUUCUUUUUUUUUUUUAGUUUUUUUCCAAAGUGCAUAAAAUAGCAUAUAAAAAAACCACUGGAAUAAAGUGUCUUUUUAUCCCUCGACGAAUUGUAGCCCUGCCUCCUGUCGGGCUAGAAAUUUUUCGUCUCGGGAUAAAAAGUGUAAUUUCAGUCCCUUGGUGUAUACUAUACUAUUUCGACAUGAUUUUAAAUACGUUAGCCAACUAAGCAGUAAACAUCUAACAAUUUGUUUCCAUUAUUAACCACUAACAGGUCAUCAAUGAUUAUAUUAAAGCAAUUAGCCUUUUUCCUGGGAAGAUUUAAAAAAGAUCCACUAGAGGCAGCACCGGUGGGGG